AUGGAGCUGCUGCCGUCUCUGCUGUCCUCUCUGAGGACUGUGGAUCCCAGGACUGUGGAUCAGGAGUACAGCGUGGUGCGUUCACAGACCUCGCUGUUAAAGAGAGAUCUGAGUCUGACCUCCGAGACCGGAGCUCUGAAGGAAAACAUCAAGAAGAACAGAUACAAAGACAUCCUGCCAUAUGACCAGUCUCGGGUGAUGUUGUCUCUGCCGACCACAGACUCUGACUCUGAUUACAUCAACGCCAGCUUCAUCAAGGGGGCGACAGCAGACCGCAGCUACAUCGCCUCUCAGGGUCCUCUGAGCUCCACACUCACUGACUUCUGGAGGAUGAUCUGGCAGCACGGUGUCAAGGUGAUAGUCAUGGCCUGCAGAGAGAUAGAGAUGGGAAAGAAGAAGUGUGAGUGUUACUGGGCUCCAGUUCACCAGUCUGCUGCAUUUGGACCGUUUACUGUCUGCAACCAGGAGGAGUCACGUCCCAAUGAAGACAUGGUGAUCAGAACUCUGACUGUCACCUACCAGCAAAACAGCCGCUCGCUGGUUCAGUAUCAGUUCCUGUCGUGGCCGGAUCACGAUGUUCCCUACGAGGCUGCGGGAGUCCUGGACCUGCUGGUGAGAGCCAGAAACAGCCAGGGAGCACACACCUCGCCUCUGCUGAUACACUGCAGUGCGGGCUGUGGGAGGACAGGAGUCAUCUGCGCUCUCGACUACAUCCAUGACCUGCUGGUUUCCAAGCGGAUCACAGAAGACUUCAGCAUCAUGAGGAUUGUCAUGGACCUCCGGAGGCAGCGACCGUCUGCAGUACAAACCAAAGAUCAGUAUCAGUUCAUUUUCACGGCUGCAGCCUGUAUGUUCGAGCGAGUCCUGCAGGCCGCCGGUCGUCAGCGCUACCCGAGUCUGCCUGAGCUCAAGAUACCGGAGAAGAAAACCAUAAUAAAAUCUGCUUCCUCCUCCAAGAGAUUGUCGCAGCCGAUUGUCAUGAACGAUACGUACGCCGUGGUUAAUAAACCCAGACACCCCCCCUCACCCUCAACAAGCCCCGCCUACUCCACUGUAACCACAACCAGACCCAGCGUCGGCAACAGGUCGCUGCCCUCCUCCCAUCACUAUGACAACGACGUCAAAGGAGCGUCUGCAGCUCCUCUCUACAGCACUGUGAAACCCAGAGCUAAACCAAACACUCUGCCCUCGUCUGCCACGCCCAUCUACGACACAGCAACAUCAGCCAAUCACAGGCCGGGGGAGGGACCACCGGCACUAGGUAACAAUGGAGAAUAUCAGCUGUUUGCAGCUGAACGUCAUUCAUCAACAGAUGAUGAUUAUGAAGAUUUCUCCACUUCUGUGACAGACAUCCCCAACAUGUGCUCACGUGAUGGCAUCGGAUUUAACUGUCGUAUUCAGAAGCCCAGAGGACCCAGAGAUCCUCCUGCUGAGUGGAGCCGACUGGAGAGAUGAAACAGCUGAAGCGGUUCAACUGGACUUUACUGGUUUACAGUCAACUGUCAGACUGGAUUAGUGCAUUAAAGUGAACAGUGAGGGAUUAUUUUGAACUGACUUUGACUGAGACUGGAUUUAUGAAUCUGCUGUGUGAUACAGUGCUUAUAGAAAAUCGUCAUACCCCUUUGACUUUUUCCAGCUUUAUUUACAAAUUUAGCCUAACAACAUCAAGCCAAUGAAAAAAAGGCAACAGAUCUGAAAAUUAAUAAAAAUUGAAAAACUAGAAUAACAGGGUUGUAAAAGUCAUCAGUCCCCUGAUUUAAGACUUCAUAGAGUCAUGUCUUACUGUAAUUACAGCCAUCAAUCUGUUUGGAUAUAUGUCCCUACCAUCUCUGCACAACUAGAUUGGGGAAUAUGUAGAACUGUUCGAGUUUAGUCAGAUUCUGUGGUGAACGGCGAUGGACUGAUCUCUUCAAGUCCAUCCUCAGAUCGGUUUUAAGUCAGGACUCGGACUUGGCCCCUCAAGGACAUUCACCUUCCUAUCCCUAAACCACUGCGUUGUUCUUUUGGCGGCAUGUUUAGGAUCGUUGUUGUGUUGGAAGGUGAAUGACCUGCCCAUCUUCAGCUGUCUAGCAGAGGGACGACUUGGCAAAAUCCAUUUUCCCUUCAGUCUUAACCAGGUGCCCAGUCCCCGCUGAAGAGAAACAUCCCCACAACAUAAUGUUGCCACCAUGGUGCUCCACAGUAGGUAUGGUGCCAAACAUAGAGCUUGGAGUUCAGUCCCAAAAGUUCAAUCUUGGUCUCAUCUGACCAUAGAACCUUUUUCCACAUGGCGGCAGAAUCUUCCAGGUGUGUUUUUGCACAACACAAACAAGACUGAGUGUAGCACCUUCUCAGAAAAGGCUUCUUUAUUGCCACCCUGCCAUACAGGCCAGCUUUCUGUAAAGCUUGUGAGAUUGUUGUCACAUGCACAGACUGACCAGUCCCAGCCAUAAAGACUUGUAAGUCCAUUAAAGUUGCCUUUGGCCUCUUGGUAGCUUCUCUGAUCAAUGUCCUCCUGGCUCGGUCAUCCAGUUUGAACGGAUCAAAGCAAGGUUUUGUUGGUGCCAUACGGUUUCCACUUCUUAAUGAUGCUCUGAACGGUACUCAGAGGGAUAGAUAAAGCCUUCAGAAUCUUUUUGUUGCCUCACCUAACUUUACAACCUAACCAAUGACUUUAUCCCGGAGGCCUUUUGAAAGCACUUUUCCAACCAUUGUGAAUUCUUUGCAGUACCGUGAACUACUAGUAGUGAAAUCCUCAAGAAAUAGCUGGUUUUUCUGAAGUAAUCAAAAUCACUGUGAUUGAUGUCAGGUGGGGGGCAAUUAGCCUGGCGUUUGAUCUGGAAGUUGAUUGGUUGCACCUGAGCAAAGUGGGAAAAACAGUAAAAUUCCCCAAAACUACUGUAUCUCUGAACUAUGUCUUUAACCAAAUCACACGCAUUGGGGUUAUUCUACAUGAUCUCCUCUUGAUAACUGAUGUAAUAAUUUUCCACUUUCAUUCACUGAGCCUCCCCUGAAACUCCCUCGGGGGAGGCCCACCUCCCACUCUAUGAACCUCUGGUAUACUCUAAGGGGCUGAUCACUUAACCAAACCAGACAUUUCACUAAUUCAUUUUUAAUAAUUGUCCAGAAUUUUUUCGCUUUGAUGAUGAGGGUUAUAAUGUGUACAUACAGCUCAAAAAAGUUAGAUUUAAUUUAUUUCCAUUUCCAGGAUGUAACAUGACAAAAGAUAAAGAUAUUCACAGGGUUUGAUGACUUUCUAUAGACACUGUAAAUGUGCAGAUGUGAUCUAUGGUUCUGUCACCAGCACAUCUUUAUGCUAAACAUCUGUGUUUGACUUGAAUGUUUUUAAAGUUUUAUUCCAAGUGUGUGUGUGUGUGAUAUUUUGAUUUUCAGUUCUGCAAAUUAAACUCUAAACACCAUCCGAUUAAAUCCCUUCACAACAACCACUUUAA